AUCAAAGAGAUCGCACGCAGCCAGACGCAGACUCAGCCACCAGCCCCCGAGCCCUGGGACGGUCCCGCCUGCCUCAAUAAUCUGCUCUGUUAUCCGCCUCGUCAGGAGACGACCAUGGACAAAACUCUCCUCCUGUGUCUGGCCAUUCUGACCUGCGCCGGGAUCGGAGCGGCCCUGCAGUGCCUGAAAUGUGACUUCACCGUGUUUGACAUCCCCUGUCACACCAGCACCAUCAGCUGCCAGGCCGAGCAGCUCUGUGCCACCAUCCGGGCCCGCGCAGUUGGCCAGAGGCUGAUGAUGAAGAAGAACUGCGUGGACAAGGUGAAAUGCAACACCAACGACACCUCAACCUGGAUGGGCAUCACCUACAGCACCUCCUACGAGUGCUGCGAGGGCGAAUUCUGCAACUCGGGCACGGGCGCCGGGGCCCAGCUCUCCCUGGCCGCAGGGGCCCAGCUCUCCCUAGCCGCAGGGCUGGCCAUGCUGGGGGUCUGGCUCACCCGGGGCCUCUAAUCCCUGCUCCAGAAGCUGGGAGGGAGAGAAAAUAAUUGCUGUGGGAGGACAAAAAAAAAAAAUCAAACCUGACCUUGCCUUUAAAUAGCUCCUCCCCCUUGCUUCUUAAAGGGGUACUUGGUAACCAGAGUCCAGAUCUGAUUGCUUUGCCUUUUUUUGGUCAUCUUAAAUUGUUAUAACCAAGGGAUAGGGUGGAGGGAAAGGCCCUGAGGGAUGGGGAAGGGGUGGGGUCUAUCUGGAGAAGGGGGGGGGGUGGAUUUCUUCUUUCACUCCAGUAUAAAGAGUGCUGAAUUGCAGUUGGUGGAGUGGAGUCACUCUGGAUUCACACUGGGGUUACCGAGAUCAGAAUCCAGCCCUGACUUCACUGACUGCAUUGUGUUUUCCUCCUGCCCCCUACUGGCCGGCUGUGUGGGUGGGACAUGGCAGGUGUGCAUGCAUGUUUUCCCGCUGCCCCCUGCUGGCUGGAAUUAAACCUGCUGGUCUGUGUACCAUAAACCCUAUACUGCUAACAGCUUAAGGAGAUAACUACCUUACUCAGUUUAUACCCCGGGGUUGUCUCUCUGAACUCCCUACCAGCACGGUGUGUGUGUGUGUGUGUCAAAAUUAUCAAUCCGGCGGUGUGCCGGUUAGCUUUCACAGCCCAGCUCUACAGAACGGGCUUUAAUCCACUUUGCUCAGAGUCGUAAUGGCGUGGCUCAGAGGGAGAGCCAGGGCCGGAUUAACGCAGGAGCUUUAGGGGCUGCAGCCAGGACCCUGGGCUAAGGGCGUGCCCGGCGCAGCAGGGCUCAGGCAGGCUGCCUGCAUGCCAUGGCCCCACACCGCUCCCGGAAGCGGGCAGCUGCUGGAACCGGCCAAUGGGAGCUGCAGGGGAGGCGCUUGCGGGCGCGGGCAGUGCACGAAGACAUGCUGUCCCCCUCCCGUACAGAGAUGUGCCAGCAGCCGGAGCCUGCACCUUGCAUCCCCUCCUGCACCCCAACCCCCUGCCCCAGGUCAGAAUCCCUGUCCUGCACCCAAACUCCCUCCCAGAGCCCACACCCCCUCCUGCACCUCAACCCCCUGCCCCAGCCUGGAGCUCCAUCCUGCACCCAAACUCCUUCCCAGCGCCCACACCUCAUACCCCCUGCGCCCCAACCCCCUGCCCCAGGUCAGAAUCCCCCUCCUGCACCCAAGCUCCCUCCCAGACCCUGCACCUCCUCCUGCACCCCAACCCCCUGCCCCAGCCCCCUCCUGCACCCAAACUUCCUCCCAGAAAGAAACUAAUAUAACAGCUGUUCUAAGAUAAGACGUAGGCUAUUUUGAAUUAACGUAACUGUAUUCUACAUGUUUUAAGACUGAACUGUAACCACAGAACGGCUUGAUGUUAAUUAAAAGGCAAGUUGAGUACAGCGUUAA